CACAUCCGGCGUUCGUCCUUCACCGGGCUCCGCUGAAACUCGUGACUCCUGAGAGCAUCAUGGCGUGAGGUUAUUAAUCCUCACAAACCCGCAGAAACAGCAGCAGACAUGUGGAGGAUCCAGAGUGUGUUGGGCAGAGUGUUGAGCCGUUGCCAUGGAAACGGCCCGCUGCGCCUGUCUCAGGGUCAUCACGUGGAGGACGAGGUCAUCGGCUCCUCUCUCCGGUCCAGUGGACUUCACUCGACUGACGGCAGCAGUUCUCACAGAGGAGAAGAUGGUCAGAGGAAGAAGCGCACCUCUCACUUCUGCUACACCGGACUCCCCAGAUACAGCGCUCUGGACGCCGUGGGAUGGGGCGCCGCCGCUGUUCUCUUCAUGCAGCUCUGCCGCAGGAUUCACUCUCGGUUGUCGUCGGAUCAGAAGGCCGGAGCGAGUCAGAUCAGAGAGGCUGGACUCGUGAGGAAAUGCUCGUACAGAGUCCUGCUUGAUGUCUUGUCCAGCCCGAAGGCUUUAUCUGGCGACGUGACCAAGUGCCUCUGUGAGCGGGGCCAGAGCGGGUCCGGCGAGCGUAGUCAUGGUAACGGUGCUGGAGGCGUGACCUCUGACCUCCAGGCGGCACACAGCUCUGAUGACCAGCAGGAGGAGCCGGCGAGCGCCGCGUCACACACCGCCCACAGCCAUGAAACACCUUUUCCUGAACAACCGGAAGCAGAGCAGCGUCUCUCUCUCGAUGCAGCAGCUCAGAAUCUGAGACGUGUGACGGACGCCAGCGUUCCUGUGAUCCUCAACAUCAUCGGUCUGGAGCGCGAGAGCCGGUGACUUGAGACGGCCUUCUCUUGUUUUCUGGCCUCGGCGGAGCAGGACUACAGUAAAGCUCAGUUUAAUCUGGGAGUGUGUUACGAGCGAGGACGAGGAGUGCAGGCCGACCUCAGCAAGGCGGUGCAUUAUUACCGUCUCGCUGCGGUCUCUGGGCACCGUCUGGCUCAGUACCGCUGCGCUAAACUCCUCCUGAGCAGCAGAGGGCAGCAGAGCUCAGAGACGGACGCAGCGGCGGCGCUCAGCUUCCUGCAGACGGCCGCCGACGCCGGACUCACGCAGGCUCAGGUGUUUCUGGGUGUAGUGUUGUCUCAGCGCUCAGACUGUGAUCAGGAGAAGUGUGUGUGUUAUUUCCGGAUGGCGGCUGAGAGCGGGGACUCUGCCGCUCUGCUGUGUCUGGCUCAGUGUUACGAGACGGGUUUCGGUGUUUCUCCGUGUCUCCAGACCGCUCUGAGUCUCUACCAUCAGGCAGCGUCCGGCGGGAACCAGCAGGCCAGGGACAGACUGAGAGACAGACACAGCCCGGACGUGCUGCGCUCGAUCCGAUCGGCUCCUUGCUUCUCUGUGAUUGGUCGGCUGAAUCUGGACUCCAUGUUUCCUCGAGAGAGCCAGGGUGAGAAGCCCCGCCCACAGCAGCAAUGCGGCCAAUCGCAGCCCCUUCCUCAUUCCUGGAGCACAGGAAGUUUGAGCGUGCUGUCCUCGGUCACGGUUCAGCUCGGAGCCGACGGCGGUCACAAGCUCUGGACGCCCGGGGUGCGAUAAAGUCGUCUCUCGUCUCAUCUGUGUAUCUUUGAAGCAGUUUAUCUGACAGAUACGAGCGCACGCACAAGCUUACAAGCCUUAGGAAGAGCCAGGUCUGACCGUGAAUGUUCUCAGCCAAUCAGAGCGCGGCCGGAGAGUUCCGAGCUCUGCGAUUGGCUGAUUAAGACGCGAUUGAUUAUUCGUGAGCUUAAGUUUCAGCCGCUUUAAAUGUAUUUAUCAAGAGUGUUUGGUUUGGUACAGACGUGUGUGUUUGGUGGUGGAGAGAACGUGCAGAAAGAGUAAGAGUAAGCUCAUCUUUAUAUUUCUCUGUGUUUGGUCACACGCUGUCAUCUUCUUUGUGUUCUGUGUUACUCAGACAUUGUUUACAUGAUUGUUUUAAAACAUUAAGCUCGCAUUUUCAUUCAGAAGCAGAAUUAUUGCUUAUCAAGAAUGAACAAAAACGCCGUUUCACUGUAAAAUGCAUCGCAUGAGCCAAAGGUUUCAUUAACAUGUGCCUUAAUCAGAAUUUUAUUAUGACCCUUGAUAUCAGAGCCAACGUAGUUUUUUUUGUAUGCUAAGUGUUAUCAUGUUUGUUUAAUGUCAUAUGAUGAUAAAGCAUUGUCUAAACUACAAUAAAGACUUUAAUUUUG